CUUCCAGCGUCACCACCGCUGUUGCUGGCGGCCUGUGGGUUGCCCACGGCAGUGGCGGCCUUGUGGUUUUUUGGCUUGGGAUCUUCCCACCACUCGGGGUAGCCUACGAUUUUGAAACAGGUCUCCUUGGUGUGCUUCCUCAUCCCGCAAUGAGUACAAAGGAGGGUCUUGUCACAACUGAUAGGAAUAAUCUAGAUCCAGCUGCAGCUCCAUUUGCUAAAAACCCAAGAGACCUAGAAGGGCUCACUGAGGGUGCUAGUAUAAUUGAAGUGGUGAAGAAGGUUAGACCACAUGUUCUCCUUGGUUUGUCUGGGGUUGGUGGCAUUUUCAAUGAGGAGGUGCUUAAGGCAAUGAAAGAAUCUGUUUCAACAAAACCUGCCAUCUUUGCCAUGUCUAGCCCUACCAUGAAUGCUGAGUGCACUGCUAUUGAUGCUUUUAAGCAUGCCGGAGGAGAUAUCGUAUUUGGAAGUGGAAGCCCUUUCGAAAAUGUAGAUCUUGAUAAUGAAAAAGUGGGUCACGUAAAUCAGGCCAACAACAUGUAUCUGUUCCUAGGAAUCGGUCUAGGAUCACUUUUGUCAGGUGCUCGGCUAAUAACAGAUGGAAUGUUGCAGGCUGCUGCUGAAUGCCUUGCUUCAUACAUGUUAGAGGAAGAUAUCGCAAAAGGAAUCUUGUAUCCAUCCAUUGAUAGCAUUCGAAAUGUAACAGCAGAGGUUGGCGCUGCUGUUCUUCGAGCAGCAGUGGAAGAGAACUUGGCCGAAGGGCAUGGUGAUGUAGGGCCCAAGGAACUUGGCAGAAGGCAUGGAAUGGCAAAAAUUUCCAGCGAAACGGAUAUUUGCAGGAAUUUAUCCGUCGGGGGUGAAUAUGGGAGAGAUUUUGUACCCGCGGAUACGGGAAACGGAGACCCAUUUAUUAUACGGGACGGAAUAGGGAUAAAGGUCCUCGUCCCGUGGGGACCCGUAUAAUUCCGUAUAUAUAAAAAGACAAUAAUACCCCUAUCAUAUAUAUAUCAAAGUGAAGAGGUUGAAAAUUCAACCCCAGCCGUCACUCACACUCGCUCACCCUGAACUCUGAAGUUUGUUCUCCCAGUCACCACUACCAGUCACCACUGCCGUCCACCAUCUCCUACCCCCUCACUACCGCCAACACGAAGCUCCUACCCUCUUCUCGCGCGUCUGAGUCUCACUAUUCAUCCCGUUCUCAGUCGCAACAUUGUCGUCGCAUCUGGCCAGCUGAGGAGAACAUCGCCGUCUCCGCCUAACCCAGUCGAGGAGAGCAUGUUCGUCACCGCCUGACCCAGCCGAGGCAGCAGCGCCAGCGUCACUACAGAGCCCCUUCGCCAACCUUCGCGUCUUCGCCUCUCCGCGUCAUCUCAUCUCGCCUUCACGUCUUCGCCUCUUCGCCUUGUCGCCGAUCUUCACCGUCAGCUCAGCUACUCUUCCUCUCGAAGGGGAGUUGGAAAUGUUAUAAGGGAGAAAGCAACGUGAAAAUGGAUAUGGUGUUGAGGGGUGCAGAGGACAGUUAAGAAGUUGAAUAUAGUUGAGUUACAAGUGUUUUAUGGCGGCAACAAUGAUUUGAUAAUGAGGGGUUCUCCUUGUAUGCGAUCAUGUGGCACUUAUCCUUGUAUGCGAUCAUGUGGCAUUUAUAAAGACACUUAUCCUUGUAUGCGAUCAUGUGGCAUUUAUAAAGACACUGAAAUUGUUGCUCAGGUAAAUCCAGUAGCAUUAUUAUUGAAGAACUUAUCCUGAUUUAUCUUAAUUUGCUUUGAAAAACUUGUUAA